CCAGCGGCGGAAGAAGAGUCUGGGCUGCCAGUCGGAGCGGAAGUUGUUGCCUCUCCCCUGUCCCCGCAUGGCGGCCGCUGGACGCCUCCUGCUCUCGGCGCCGCUGCGAUCCACAGGGGGGCUGCCCGACGCGUGGCGGGCGAGGAGGGGCUGCGGCGCCUAGGCCGGCUGCAGCCAAGCCGCUCGCCCUCCUCCUCCCCCCCCCCGCCCGCGCCCUUCUCCAUCCUCUCGGUCUCCAGCAGGACCGGCGACCGCGGAGCUGAUGGGGAAGUACCUCCUGACCCUGAGCGUCCUCAAGGGGCCCUGGGACCAAGUCUUCGCCGCCUUCUGGCAGCGCUACCCGAAUCCCUACAGCAAACAUGUACUGACAGAAGAUAUCUUGCAUCGGGAGGUAACAGAAGACCAGAAGCUGCUUUCUCGGCGGCUCCUAACCAAGACCAACAGGAUGCCCCGCUGGGCAGAACGCUUCUUUCCAGCCAAUGUUGCCCACUCUGUCUACAUCCUAGAAGAUUCCAUUGUGGACCCACAGAACCGAACCAUGACCACAUUCACCUGGAACAUUAAUCAUGCACGUCUUAUGGUGGUGGAGGAGCGAUGUGUUUACAGAGAGAACCCAGAAAACAGCAGUUGGACAGAAGUCACACGGGAAGCUUGGGUCUCCUCCAGUUUGUUUGGUGUCUCACGUGCUGUCCAGGAGUUUGGCUUGGCCAGGUUCAAGAGCAAUGUGACCAAGAGCACCAAAGGGUUUGAGUAUGUGCUGGCCAAAAUGCAAGGUGAAGCACCAUCUAAAACCUUGGUGGAAACUGCGAAGGAGGCAACUGAGAAAGCCAAGGAGACUGCUCUGGCUGCUACUGAGAAAGCAAAGGACUUGGCUAGCAAGGCAGCUACUAAAAAGAAACAACAGCAACAGUAUGUGUGAAGAAACUGUUUUUCUGCUGCAGGGACCGGAGUUGUAUUGGAAGGCUCACCUGUAAACGAGGCUGCUUUUUCCCUGGGAUGCAAAGCUGACCAGUGUCUCUAGAUUUUAUGUUUUUUAAUUCAACUGUACAAAUCAGACAAUCAUCCUCUUUUUAAAGGUGUAAUUAUCAUUAAAAUAGACUCCAAUUUAAUCAAGUA